CAUUUUCCCCAUCCUUCCUGUCUUCUUCUCACUCACUCACCCACCUUUCUCUUUCCCCAUAUUAUUCUCCUGUGUUCUCUCAUCAAAUAUUCCCACCGAAUAUCAUCAAUCAUGUAUUCUCGUGUUCCCCGGGCCUUUGUCGCCGCCGUCGCUCGUCCAGCUCUCCGCGCCGGCGCCGGUGCUCGCCUCGCAGCAGCUUCACCCGCAGCAGCAAGAGCUUCUCUUCCCUCUCAAUCGACCCCGUCCACCCCCCGUUCUUCCCUCCUUCGAAGCUUCCACUCUUCUCCUGCAACCCGCAAAGGCAUCUUCCCCGAUUCCGCCGACCCCGCGGCCCCGAACCCGCAGUCCCACAACGUCGCCGGCGCCGCGGCUCACGUCUCGGAGCCAUCCCCAUUGACCGACGGCCAGUACCACGACUACGCUGAGCACUACCUGAACACCGUUGUCGAGGAGGUGGAAAACCGACAAGAGGAGGGCUCCGAGAUUGAGGCUGAGUAUAGUGCCGGAGUCAUGAAUGUCACCGUCCCCGGAGUCGGCGUAUACGUGCUCAACAAGCAGCCGCCCAACAAGCAGAUCUGGCUGAGCUCGCCUAUCUCCGGACCCAAGCGGUUCGACUGGGUGGUCGAGGGCGACCAGAUGCACGAGAAGCAGGAGUCCCGGCCGUUUUUCAAUGGGCAGUGGAUCUACCUGCGGGAUGGGACGAAUCUGACCGAUCUCUUGAACCAUGAGUUGACGUUGAACUUGCCCAAGGAUAUCUACAGUGAGCUGCAGUAGGUUAAGCUCAGGGCCAGGAAGGCUAUGGGUGAGGAUGGGGUUGUGGGCUGCGUUUGAGUGAGCACGAUUUUACGAGUGGGUGUUUACAGGCAGGAGUCAUGUAGAUUAUUACCAUGCUAGGAGAAUUUCUCGGAUUUUGUUGGGAUUUGAACUGUUGAGUAACUGCUAGAUGAUAUAUAGUUCGAGGUGGAAUAUACGGUC